CUCCCCCACAACUCGGUCGCUAUCAUUGACGAAAGCCACAAUCCGCCAAUAUGACCGCUACAGUAUCGAAGCCGAUGGGCAUCUUUGCCCUCAGCACCCUCGUCGCAGGUGUCCUGGCUGGCCCUCAAGCCUGCGAGGCCGACACCCCGCUCAGCUGCCAGGGCGACGCCAAGGCCAGCUGCUGCUUCAAUGCGCCUGGCGGUGCGCUUCUGCUGACCCAGUUCUGGGAUACCGACCCGGUGACCGGACCCAAGGAUUCGUGGACCCUCCACGGUCUCUGGCCCGAUAACUGCGACGGCACCUACGAGUCCAACUGCGACAGCAGCCGUGAGUACUCGAAUAUCACGGAUAUCCUCGAGGGCCAGGAGCGGACCGAGCUGUUGGCCGAUAUGAACAAGUACUGGAAGGAUUACAAGGGAGAUGACGAGACCUUCUGGAGCCAUGAGUGGGACAAGCAUGGCACUUGCGUCAACACCAUCGAGCCUGACUGCUAUGAGAAGUACACCCCCCAGGUGGAGGUGGGCGAUUAUUUCCAGAAGGCCGUCGAUCUGUUCAAGAAGUUGGACACCUACAAGGCCCUCGCCGAUGCUGGCAUCAAACCCGAUGAGUCUAAGACCUACAAGCUCUCGGAGAUUGAGGCUGCCUUAGCCAAGCUGCACGGCGGCAAGAAGCCCACCGUCGACUGCGACAGCGGCGCCCUCAACCAGGCCUGGUACUUCUACAACGUCCAGGGCAAUGCCAUUGACGGCAAGUACGAGCCGGCUGAGCCUCUGGCCGAUUCUGGUUGCCCUAAGGACGGCAUCAAAUAUCUGCCCAAGUAAAUUACCACGAGUGCCACGAUUCCUGUGAGGCGGUCCCCGGCAAGAAAAGCGUACGGGCUUUCCCAGUGGGUGCGAAGUGAUCAAUCCAGCUCUUUUGAGAGCGGGUUGUAGCAGAUCGGUAAACUCUGACGGGCUUUGAGAUUCGAUCGGGAAAAUAUGUAUGUAUUGGCUUAGCUGGAAACCGCAUGUGAC